GACCCCACAAUGACUCUGAAUAACGUUACCAUGCGCCAGGGCCCUGUGGGCAUGCACCCGCAGCAGCAGCGCUGGAGCAUCCCAGCCGAUGGCAGGCAUCUGAUGGUCCAGAAAGAGCCUCACCCGUACAACCCCCACAACCGCCACUCGGCCACACCCGAGGACCACUGCCGCCGGAGCUGGUCCUCGGACUCCACAGACUCCGUCAUCUCCUCCGAGUCGGGGAACACUUACUACCGAGUGGUGCUCAUAGGGGAGCAAGGGGUGGGCAAGUCCACCCUGGCCAACAUCUUUGCGGGUGUGCACGACAGCAUGGACAGCGACUGUGAGGUGCUGGGAGAAGAUACGUACGAGCGCACCCUGAUUGUUGAUGGGGAAAGUGCGACAAUCAUCCUCCUGGACAUGUGGGAAAAUAAGGGGGAGAAUGAAUGGCUCCAAGAGCACUGCAUGCAGGUCGGGGAUGCCUACCUGAUCGUCUACUCCAUCACGGACCGGGCAAGCUUUGAGAAGGCGUCGGAGCUGCGGAUCCAGCUCCGCAGGGCUCGGCAGACAGAGGACAUUCCUAUAAUUUUGGUUGGCAACAAAAGCGACCUGGUGCGGUGCCGGGAAGUGUCUGUAUCAGAAGGGCGAGCCUGUGCAGUGGUGUUCGACUGCAAGUUCAUCGAGACCUCGGCGGCCGUGCAGCACAAUGUAAAGGAGCUGUUUGAGGGCAUUGUGCGGCAGGUCCGCCUGCGUCGGGACAGCAAGGAGAAGAAUGAGCGGCGGCUGGCCUACCAGAAACGGAGGGAGAGCAUCCCCAGGAAAGCCAGGCGCUUCUGGGGCAAGAUCGUGGCCAAAAACAAUAAGAACAUGGCCUUCAAGCUCAAGUCCAAAUCCUGCCACGACCUGUCUGUGCUCUAGGCACCUGGCUUCACCCAGAUGUCCUCUGAUGGGCAUUGUCGAAGGCCACCGGGACCAGUAAUCUAUAUUAGAUUGGAUACCUAAGUAUUGUUAGAUAUGGCUUCCCCCAUUGCCGCCAGGAACUAACAUGUCAGCCUCAGGGGCAGCCAAAUGCACGGGAAAUGAAAGGUGUUUGCAGAGUCGGUAUUUAUUUAUAGGAGAAAGCCUGACCUUGCUACUUGGACACCCAAGGCUCAGUACCGGACCUGUUGGGUGUUCACAAGAGUUUUCUCUCUCCUUUGGAUAGUAAAGAGUUGGAGCUUAGGGAAGAAUGCCUGGAAGAGGAAUUUCAUCAUUGAAAUUUUGCCCGCUGGUCUUCUGUGUGCAUCAGAGGCCCCUGGGUCCUGAAGAGAUGCAGGAAAGCUGCCCCAGGGUGUACCCCACGGAGGAGAGCUUCCUGUGUAUGUUGUUUCCUGGAGCUGGGACUUGAGAACUUGGCUCAUCAUGGUCACAACUAUUACUGCUCCAUCAAACUGUGAAAAGAAAUGAUGGACCGUGCUGGAAACUAAAGCUUAGCUAAUAAUUUUUUGUUCAGUCCCCACAGGGGUUUGUAGGAUUGGCAACCAGUAUGUGUACCACUUACAGGUUCAAAAACUGUAUCUUUACUUAUGUGUCUAAUACUUUUUUAUUUGGGGAAUGUUAUUCUCAUCAAAAUUCUACUUAGUCAAACCAUCUUUUAUGUUUUGUUAUUUUUGAGAUCAUGGAGCCAUUGCGAAAAUAUUUUAAAAGUCUGAAUUAUUCAUAACCUGAUGUGCAAAUGCCAAGUUUUUAAGGUCUGAAUUUUUAUAAAACAUGUAACAUAAAAAAUUCCAGUACUUUGAGUUGACCCUUGUAUGUCACAGCUUUGCUCUAUUUAUUAUUAUUUGCAAAAAAUAACCAUUUUAACAUUUGAUAAAAUAUAUUUAUGAACAUAUUUCUUAAUAAGGAAAAUGUCCAUUUUAUUACCAUUUUCUAUCUUUUUCAAAAUACCCAAGUUUUUUUCUAUAUGUCUUACAAUAAAAGAAAUAAAACCUUUGAAAACAAAGGCA